CUGAAAUACUGAAACCUGACUUAUUCUUGCACUCUUUAUACGACGACAGUCUCUACUUCUUCUCAUAUGGCGUCCGAGAAAACGCGAAUUCCCGUCAUAUAUGCGCCCCUCCCCGCUGAGGACGUAGACGAGCUGCAAUUGGCGCACGCGACUAAACCGACAUCCAAAACCUGUGUUCAACGAUUAAUUAGCCAGCAUUCGCUUCGUCCAAUUACUGUCCUUGCCAUUGCUCUUUCUGCAGUCACUUGCUUGAUCCUCGUACGCUGCGCCAUUCUAGGUCCAGACCAGCCUUGCUUGUGUUUCAGCUCGAACGGUGCCCCAGUCGCACAAGCAGAACUGCCCACGCAUUAUGUCCUACCUUCGGGCGACAAGAUUCCCUCAGUCGCACUCGGCGUCUGGCAGGCCGGCAAAGGCGAGGUCGGAGCUGCAGUGAAAGCCGCGCUUGACGCAGGCUAUAGGCAUAUUGACGGAGCGUGGAGGUAUGCGAACGAGGCUGAGGUCGGUCAGGCCAUCAACGAUAGCGAUAUUUCGCGCGAGGACAUCUGGCUGACGUCCAAGCUUUGGAACGCCUUCCAUGCCCCAGAGGACAUCGAGCAGGUCCUCGAUGAGACGCUCGGCAAUCUCCAGACGAGCUACCUCGAUCUCUACCUGAUCCACUGGCCCGUCGCAUUCAAGAAGGACACAACAGAGGUCGACGAGGACCUGACUGCGGACCCGUACCCGACAUGGCAGAAGCUCGAAGAGAUGGUUGAGAAGGGCAAGGUCCGCAACAUUGGCAUUAGCAACUUUAACAUUCAGAGGGUCCAGAACCUAACCGCGAACCCGCUCAAGGUGACGCCCGCUGUGAACCAGGUGGAACUCAACUACUGGAACCCGCAGCCAGAGCUCCUCGAGUGGUCUAAGGCGCACGGUAUGCCGCUCGAGGCGUACUCGCCGCUCGGGAGCUCGCGCCAGGUGAAAGAAACGCUACAGGUUCCGGAGGUGCAGGCGAUCGCGAAGAAGCUCGGGAUCACACCCGCGCAGGCGCUCAUUUCGUGGCACGUUCAGCGAGGAACCAUCGUCCUUCCGAAAAGCGUCACGCCCUCACGUAUCGAGGAGAACUUCCACGUGCAUGUACUCCCAGAGGAUCUCUUCAACAAGCUCGAGGAGGCAGCCACGUCCCACCCUCCUCAGCGCGUGGUUAACCCGUCGAAGGAUUGGGGUCUCGAUUUCGACAUAUUCGAUGACUACCCGUAUUAAGGCCUCCUUCGCGGAUGUACUUGUCGAUACAAUUAAAGGCUGUUGCGCAUUG